AUGUGGCAAACGCGUUGCACGGCCAUUCCACAUAUGUCAAGUUGCUGCUUACAGUCACUGUCAGGCGCAGAACAAGAUGCAGGGCAUCGGACUACAGCGACACGCAAAUUUGUAUCUCACCUUAUCUCCGUAAUUUUUGCUACCGAUAAAUUGAACGGAAUACUUAACAGUUUCGACGGACCGAACAGAGCAGAAAAGAUCAGUAGCUUGCACACAGCAAUAUUCACAGCUUUCUGGCGAGCAGAGAUUUUGUUUAUUACCUCGGUCCGGAGUCAGAUUGCGCUUUCACAAGCCUGCCUUGAUGGUCGACUGGAAAUCGUUCGUCUUCUUAGAUCGACAGCUUUUUCGCGGUAUCAUCGCGAGAGGAGUCGAUGUAAAUGCCAAGUCGAUUAA